AUGGACAUAAAUUACGGUAAUGUAAAAUUUAUUUGUUCAUCAUUUCUUGAUAUUGAAAGUGAUAUGAAUCAAUUUCAACAAGCCGCUAUAUAUGGAGAAUCCGAUGAAGUUGAAAUAAUUCAUACAGAACUUACUCUUCUUUUUACAACCUAUAUGGUAUUUGAACAAUGUGACGAACAAAGUCCACAUCAUUGUGGACUUAUUGUACCUUAUUUUCAACUACAACCACCAGGACAUGAUUUAAUUAUACCCAUAAAUAAACAUACAAUGCCUGUUGUCGAUCUUAAUCUUAUAAGUAAUGAAUCGGCAGCUAUAUCACUAUUACAUAAAAUAAUUGUUAUUGAUAUGGAUUCAGGAGAUAUAGUAAUCGAUAUAAAAUUACCUCAGUUAAAUGAACCUUAUUUAAAUUCAACUACAUUACCAAACAUGAUUAUUCAUCAUACUAAUCAAAAUAUGAAAAUCGAGAUCGAUGAUGACGAUGAUAGUGGUUUACGUCAUUCUGAUGAUGAAGAUAGAGAAAAAUUUAAACAUUAUCCAUUUUUUGUCAAUUCAUUUCAUCAUGUUUAUCUUGUAUCAAGCCAUGGUGAUAUUAAAUUUCAUCAAAUAUCAAUAAAAGGAUAUUUAAUUGCUGAAAUAAUUAAUAGUAAAUAUGGUUUAUGUAUUCUUGUUGAACAAUAUUCUAAUUCUAUUCAAUGUUGGAAUUUAGAACAAAAUAAAUUAUUUACAAAAGUAUCAAUAAAAAAUAUUGUUCUUAAUGAUGGAUUUAUUCAUUUUUAUACUUUUAAUAAUUCAACAUUCAUUCAUCGUAGUACAAUUAAUAUUGGUAAACAUUUAGAUCAAGCUAUUAUUAAUAAAGAUAAAUUAAUUUGUACAUUUAAUUCAACAAUUCCAAUUGACUUUGCUUAUAUUGAUUUAAAUUCAUUGAAUCAAACACAACAAAUUAUUUUAUCUGAUAAAGAAAUCAUUAAAGUAUUAAUUGCUUUCAAUCCACCUAUUAUUCCCAAACCAAUUGAACGAAUUAUAUUACCCGAUGAUAAAGAAAAGAGAAUUGAUGGAUCGAUGAAAAUAUUUUUUAUAAUUUUAACAGAAGAGUAUUUAUAUAUUAUACAUACUUGUAUGGAAAAAGAUAUAUCAUAUGUACGUAUCCCGGGUCAAUAUGAUGUUAUUACAACACGUACUAAAAGUCCAUAUUACAUAUUCACUGCUAAAGGUGGUAUUGUUAAUAUAUUUAAAUGGCAAUAUAUUGAAGGAGAAGAUAAUAGACAUAACAGAUGUAAUAUAUAUCAUAAAUAUCAAUUAUUUGUUUCUAUUGAAAUUAGUUCAUCGUCAGUACUUACUAUAAGAACAUCAAAACCACUUUUUCGUCUUCAUCUUCAUUAUCCAACACGAGUGUUUUUCAUCGAUGAAAACACUUUUAUUUUAAUCACAAACGAUGGUUCAAUUCGUUGUAUUACUCAACAAAUAAAUAAAAAUAAUAUUAAAUUUAAUCAAACAUCAAAUAAACAACUCAAUUUUAAAUGUUCAAGACUAUUUACUUCAAUAUUAACAAUUCAUUUCAUACCAUCACUUAUUAUACUUGCUGAUGAUGAACAUUCAUUAGGAAUCUAUAGAUCAAAUGAUAUUAUUUAUAUGAAUAUUGAUCUUUCACAGUAUUCAUCAACACGCUUAUUAAGUAUGACAACUGAUAUUUAUUGUUUAAAAAAUAAUUGUUUAGCAACAAUUAUUAAUGAUAAAAAUCGAUUAAAUUUAUAUAAUAUUCAUUCAUGUGUUUGUCAUGAACCAAUUCAACUUGAAAAUGAAUAUGAACAAUUAUGUCUUAAUGAAUCAGGAGAUUAUGUAUUUGCUCUUGUUAAACCUCGAAUAUUAUGUAUGCAUCGUGUUAUAGAUCGUUUUCAAUUAGGAAGAUUAUUUGUUUAUGAUUUUGUAACAAGAAUGAUUGUUAGUUACGAUUUUAUUGUUUUGGCAAUGAAUGAUCGACGUUUAUUAACAUUAAUGAUUGCUGAUCCAGAUGAUUCAACAUUACAAACAAAAAUUCAAGCAUUACCAAGCAGACAAUUCAAACAAGAUAGUUAUUCAACUAAUGAUGAAGUUAUUAAACGAAUAGAGAAAUUUAUGAACGUGAUUUCAGAUGAUUCUGAUAAUGAAAUUGAAAAUGAUCAAGAAAUGAAUGAUAAACAACUUGAAAUAUAUAACAAAACAAAAGUAAUUCAACCAAUUACUUCAUAUCGUUAUGUUCGUCGAGUUGUUGAUUCAUCUAAUCUUGUGAUUGAUGAUUCUGAAGUUGAUGAUGAUGAUGAUAUUAUUUCUGAAACUCAAUCUAAUGAAAUUAAUUCUUCAAUUGAACAAGAAUAUAAUCUUGAUGAUAUACGCGCAAAAACUUUGGAACAUAAUCGACAACAAGUAAAAGGAAUUCAAUUAGCUAAUGCAGAUGCAAAUAAUUUAAAAAUCAUAAAUAGUUAUUCGGUGACAUCAAGUACAUGA